GUAGUUACCUAAAUGGGAUUAGAAUUUGAAUUUCAAAGGGCAAACUGAAAACCCCCAAGAGUGAUGUCAUCAAAAGCAUGGGUUGCUCUCUCCGAAUUUAGCGCAAAAACCAGAAGUAGCAGUAGGUUAACAAAGCCAAUCCUGUACUCCAAUUCACUUCUUUUUCUUCUUUUUCCAGUUUUCUCAAACACAGGAUCUUUGCUUUUGCCCUUUGGAGGAGAGAGAAAAUCCAAGCACUCGUACAACUGAAGAAACUCAUUCUUCUUCCAAAUUCAACUUACAUCACUCCCCCAACUUCCUAAGGGCAAAUUCUCUCUCCUCUUUUCAAAUCCCUAAUUACUUCAUCAUAAAUCCCUAAUUACACCAUCAUAAAAUCCCCAAUUUGCCGCCAUUUCAUCAAAUCCUUUUAACUUUCACUAUUCAGAUUACUGGGAAUUUCGUUAAUUGCAACACCAAUUAGACCUAGAUUUUCAGAUCUUCGUCUUUCCGUGCGAAGACGCUGCUCCUUUGCAGAACGAUAUUGUGUCAAUGAGAUUAUUAGAUGCCUGACAAUGAGGACAAUCAACGGGGAAUUGUAGAAUCUACUCGGCGGUUUUAUUCUCUCUUUAGUGGAUGGAUUUGCAGCUUAACUUUUAGGCAGCUUGCUGGUUUGGUUAAAUCUUCUUCUAGCUCCUCGUAUUAUAACUCGUCUGAGGAGAAAGGAAGUAAUAGACUGAAUUUCUUGAAUAGAAUGGAGACAAUUGAUAUUUCAUCAUCAGAAAGCGAGUAUGACUUAUCCUCAGACGGAGAAGUUACUGCUGUGGAAGAUCCUCUGCCUAAACCCCCAAAUACUACUAGUAAGAGGGUGCUACCCGAAAGUUGGAUGAGAGAAAAGGGUCCACCGAAGCCGUCUUCUAGCAGGGGAACAUAUUCACGUGCUGGCUAUAAUUUUCAGGCUGAAUCCGGUCCUAGCACUAGCUAUGGCACUGGCAGUCAAGCCCUCAACUCACGCAUUGCUGCAGGAAAUGGUAGUAGUUUUCAGUCAAGAAAGAACGACGAAAAGUUUAACAGGAAUAAUUCCUCAUAUGCCCGUGAUGCAGAUUAUGAGCAACAUUCGAAUAAGAGGGUCCUCCCAUCUUACACGCAAUCUUUUGGGACAAGGACUAAUCAAAGCAAAUCUUGGGAUACUUUAGGCAGCAAUAAAGGGUAUUUAGGAGACGAAAGACCUGGUUAUAUGCAUGAUAAUAACCACCCUCGCAUUCUUCCUCAUAGUUUUGCACGUGGAAGACCUGGUUCCUCAUCAGAUCAUACCAGUACAAGUGACCUUUACCAAAAUGUGACUUUCGGUGAAGAUAGGGUUUUAGGAGACGAAAGACUAAUCUACCAAGCAGCACUACAGGAAAUUAGCCAGCCAAAUGCUGAACUUGAUCUUCCUCCCGGCCUCUUAACUGUCUCCCUUUUGAGACACCAGAAAAUUGCACUGUCAUGGAUGGUUGAGAAGGAGUCAAGAACUAUGCAUUGUUUGGGUGGCAUUCUUGCAGACGACCAGGGACUAGGUAAGACUAUUUCAACUAUCGCCCUGAUAUUGAAACAGUGGCCCCAACAGAUGAAGUCGCAGUCAGAUAAGAAUAACAAUCACAACGCUGAAGCUUUAAACUUGGAUGAUGAUGAAGAUGACAACAUAGGAAAUAAAAUAGAGGAUCCUAUUGGGAAACGUAAAUUAGAAGAGGUUUCUAAUAAUAUACCUGAAACAUUUGAUUUGGAUGGCGAUGAUGAUGACAAUGGAAGUGCCGCUACUGAAACUGUCAAUAAAGUGGAGAAUGUUGAUGGUUCAAAAUCUAAAUCAGGGUCAAGUUCUUCAAACCAGCCAAUUCAGAAGAAUAGACCACCUGCUGGUACACUGAUUGUGUGUCCAGCUACAGUUCUGAGGCAGUGGGCUAGAGAAUUGCAUGAAAAAGUUGCUAAGAAAGCAAAUCUUUCUGUUUUGGUGUACCAUGGGGGUACUAGGACAAAGGAUCCUGCUAAGCUGGCCAAGGUUGAUGUGGUCCUUACCACUUAUGCUAUAGUUAGUAACGAGGUUCCUAAACAACCCUUAGUUGACGAGGAUGAUGGUGAGCAAAAACCUGGGGAAAGACACGGUUUAUCUUCCGACUUUUCUGGUAUUAAGAAGCGGAAACAACCAUCCACCAGUAAAAAAGGGAAGAAAGGCAAGAAAGUAGCUGAUGGCUCAUUGUGUGCUCAGGCUGGUCCGCUUGCCAGAGUUAGUUGGUUUAGGGUGGUGCUAGAUGAAGCACAAACCAUUAAAAACCAUAGAACACUAACAGCUAGAGCCUGUUGCGGAUUAAGAGCUAAAAGAAGGUGGUGUUUAUCUGGAACCCCCAUACAAAAUUCAAUUGAUGAAAUGUACAGCUACUUCAGGUUUCUCCGACAUCACUUUUAUUCUAGUUACAAAAACUUUUAUGAUGGAAUAAAAAACCCAAUUUCUAGAGAUCCAACUAUAGGCUACAAGAAGCUUCAAGCAGUACUGAGGACUUUAUUGUUGCGGCGUACAAAAGAGACAUUACUUGACGGAGAACCUAUUAUAAACUUACCUCCGAAGUUCAUAACUAUGAAGGCUGUGACCUUCACGAUUGAGGAGCGAUCCUUUUAUGCUCAACUGGAAGCUGAAUCACGUUCACAAUUUAAGGCUUAUGCUGCUGCUGGCACAGUUAAUCAGAACUAUGCCAACAUUCUGUUGAUGAUAUUGCGUCUCCGUCAGGCUUGUGAUCACCCACUUCUUGUCAAAGGAUUUAAUUCAGACUCUGGUAAAAGAACAAAUCUGGAUAAGGCUAAGCAACUUCCUAGGCAUGUAUUGAUGGGAUUAUUGGAUCAUUUGGAAGCAGCCUCUUCAAUUUGUCAACUUUGCACUGACCCAGCUGAGGAUGCUGUCGUGACCAUGUGUGGGCAUGUUUUCUGCUACCAAUGUGUGGCAGACUAUCUCACUGGCGAUGAUAACGUGUGCCCUGCUCGUAGAUGCAAAGAACAACUAAGUGAUGAUGUUCUCUUCUCAGAGGCUACUCUAAUAAGUUGUGUUUCUGGUGACGAAGGCAAAAUUUCGAAUGAUAAUGGUGGUGCCAAGAGUUCAUCAAUUCUCAGUAAUGAGUACAGCUCCUCUAAAAUUAAGGCAGCAUUAGAGAUUCUUUUUUCCCAUUGCGAAAUUAACAGUAAAUGUAUAAAGGUUGACGAGGUGGGGGACUCAAAUAAAGAGAAUUCUAUGCCUGCGCAAGUGAGAACUGAGAAAGUAGAGGAUUCACCCCCUCAAGGACCAAUAAAAACCAUUAUUUUCUCUCAGUGGACUCGUAUGCUGGAUUUGUUCGAGUAUUCUUUAAAUCUGUAUUGCCUCCAGUAUCGGAGGCUUGAUGGUAGUAUGUCUCUCGCUGCAAGGGACCGGGCUGUCAGAGAGUUCAAUUCUGAUCCCGAGGUCACUGUCAUGCUGAUGUCUCUAAAAGCCGGAAACCUUGGGUUGAACAUGGUUGCAGCUUGCCAUGUUAUCCUUUUGGAUCUUUGGUGGAACCCAAGUACAGAAGACCAAGCAAUUGAUCGAGCACAUCGUAUUGGCCAAACUCGGCCUGUUACAGUGUCAAGGAUUACAAUCAAAGACACUGUUGAAGAUCGUAUCUUGGCUCUCCAGGAAGAGAAGAGGAAGAUCGUGGCUUCUGCAUUUGGUGAAGACCAUGUGGCUGGUUCUGGAGCUCGUCUCACCAUUGAUGAUCUCAAAUACAUAUUUCUUGGCAGUCAACCCAUUUAACAUAAUUCAACCCCUCCAUGUUUUGUUGGUUGCAUGUGUGAAUAGUUGGCCCUUUUGGGGGCGGCGGUCUUAUGAGCCUUGCACGGCGGUCAAUGUCUAGGCGUUUCACUAGCAACUUUAGGUUAGUUUCUUUCAUCUUUGGAACAUAAUUUUUUGAUGGCUAGCAUACUUUUAUGUAAAUAUUUGAAUUUAGUUCUAUAUAGUGUUAGUUCUAGUCAAAUAUCUACCAAGUAAAUGGAUGAGCAGGUUAAGUUGGAGAAUGCAGGGUUUUCAUGGAGGAAAUUCUAUGCUCAGAUAUUGCCAUUUAUAGGGUAUCAUUGUAAGCCCUUGACUAAUUUAUUAAUAACCCCUUUUCAUGUAUCCAAAAUGCCAAGAAGUCCUUAACAUCCUAUGUAAAAAGUAUGACUCACUCCUUUUACUUCCAAUUUUCUGUA